CUCUCUCUCUCUCCUUCUUCUCCCUUUCUCGAUGCGAUGUGUAUUGUGCUGGCUGGUAGGUAGUAUAUUCAGCAUCUUACACUACCUCGAGCACCCGCCGACGGUGAGGGAAAUAGACGCUCGGGACGCUUCUGCGGCGAACGCCAUCUCAACGUGGGAAGCGCGCCGACUUCCAGCCCAAAGAGUACGGGCUUGACGGGCUGAGGUUAAGUCCCAACCGCGCCCCGGCUUACCAUUCUGAGCACACGCAGCAGAGAGUUGGUUAGAAAGUUGCCGUC